GGACUGCUCACAGCGACCGCGGCCUUAAGUGGAACGAGAGAGAGGGUGUUGCGAUCGUUGCGAGCGUUAAGUGGAACUCACCCAUAGUGGAUACUUGUUUGCACUUGUUCGUCGUCAAAAGAACCGUGGUUACGAAUAUUGCGAAUGUAACCUUUGACAAUGAAAAUGAAUCUUCUAAAGGGUUUUAGCUUACUAUUUUACGUUAUAAUCCACAUGUGCACAACUGUAUUGUGCGACGAAAAUGUCGGAUUAUUUGAUUCAGAUGAAGUGGAGUCAUUCGUAGUGCAAAACGAUGAACUGGUAGACCCUCAUUCAUUUUAUUAUGAUAGACAAACUAAAACAAUGAUAAAACCAAAGAUGAACACCGAACAUCGGCUCGAAUCAAAUGCCAUAGCAGCAGGAGCUGAACCUUGUGAAUUUGAAUUGAAACGAUGCAGAGACUCAAAGGAUAAUAAUGAUUCAGAUGAAGUGUUUUUUAGACGGCUGAUUAACUUAUUACUGACGCAUGCUACUUUUGAGAAGGAUAGUGACAUGAUAAUUGGUCAAGUUCACAUACGUGCAACACCUUCGCAAAUGGAGAUUUUGAAACUUUUUGGGAAUGGAAUAGGAUCUACCAGACAAAUUGAUUCUCUUUUGAGUGAAAUAAUUGUGAAUUCUGAUGCUGAUAUCUUAAAGCAUGCUUUCAUAGUUACAGAAUCAUUCAUAAAGAUAGUAAUUGAACAUAGGGAAUUGUGUCUUUCAAUUUUGGCAGUAAUCUUUGGAAUAUUAUUUAUUAGAUGGAUACAAUGGUCUAUAGGGAAAAUUAUAUUUCUCUGUAUCAUUACUAUGUUUGUCACGAGUUACUAUAUGACCUGGCGCCAUCUAGUUAAAGAAGCUGAAAUUAAACUUACUGCAUCGCAAGUAAGAUAUGCUCAAAUGCCUAUUCAUUGUCAACCAGAGAAAAUGAAUUUUUUCCAACAUUUUAUUGCACAUUUUCGGAGUACUGAUGAAUGUGAAAAAUACUACGAGGCGAUAAUGAAAGAUCCAAUGCUAGAAAUAACGCCAUUUCUUGCAUUGUCUCAUUUGAUAGCAAAAGUCUUUCUACACCCAUUAUCCAUAGCUGGCGAAGUUGCUGGAAAAUUUAUUAGUGGAGCCACAAAGGAUUUGUCGACGCCCAUGUAUGUUAUAAUAACGCCAAUACUAUUCGUCGGCGUUACUGCCCUUUUAAUCUUAAUUCCAUUUUGCCUAUUUGGCUACUCAUUCGGUUUUGGUAUUGGGCCAUUCCGCAUCGGUAUGGAUAGUGCGAAACGAUUAAAUAGAAGAAAUCACCUAAUAAAUAUCGAUAACGUGCGUGAAAGAAUAGAAAUGAUUUCUGAGGAACAAGAUCAAACAAAAUUCAAGACGAAGCAGAGAAGGGUUCGUAAAAUCUUACCUAUAUCCAAUAGCGGAUGUGGAAGUGGCGAUACCAACGUUCAACUCUCACCAACUAUUUUAUGUGAAGAGAAUAAAAAAGAUAAUGUAGAAAAAUGCAAAUGUAAUGAAGAAACAGGAAGUGGCGAUAGCUGAACAUUUAUAUUUAACAUAUUUAUUUUUAAUUUCAUUUAGAACUUAUUAUUUACUAGUAUGAUCACUAUAAGUUAGAUAAGCAGCAUAACUUGCGCGAUAGGACUUAAUUUUUUUUUAUAAUCAUCGAAUGAAGCGUUUAGUCAAUGAUUUUAUAUGAGGCCACGUAAUAGUAUUCAUCAUAUUGGUUGUUUAUAUAUUAAGUAUAAUACAUGCACUGUAUUGUUUCGAUUCAUUUAUUUUCUAUUAUGCUGCAAUGUAUCAUACUUUUAAAUUUAAACUGAAUAAGGUUGCAGCUCGAGUUUCAGCAUCCUAUAUCAUUCAGAGAUUUGCGUAAAUUAAGUUCCUUUUACAAAAUGAUCUUUGUCAAGGUCGCUAAUUUAUAAAAUAUAUUAUUAAUUUUUUUAUGAGUCUCACCGAAUUGCUUUACUAAGUUGUGAUGCAGCAGCUGUAUUGUAACAAUUCGUAGGCGGAUGUAGUGAUUGUAACUAAAAUUCUAAUUGAGUACAAGAUUAAUUUUUUUUUAAAUUGACUGUGAUAGUUGAAAAAAUGAGCUGCUGUAUCCUGCUGUAUUAAUCGAUAGAAUCAACCUUGUCUCUUUACAAAUUGUUAACGUAGUUAAAUAUCCCGUUGUAAUAUUUUUAUUGUUCGAUAUACUAAACAAGCGGUAAAUAAGACUUUAAUUAUUUUCGACGUGUAGGAA